AAAAAAGUAAACUGGAAAGUCUACUGAUCACAAGAUCAAAUGCCAGAGACAAGACAAUGGACAGAAGACAAAACGAACACAGGCUCCACUUUAGUCUCACAUAGAUCUGGAGGAUUUGGACACUUUCUUUGGCCAAAGCCCGCCCAAGAGGUCAUUUGACUGACAGCUUCUAAAAAGCCAUGGAAGGACACCAGGAGAGUGCCGAGGAGUAUCUCACAGAGACAGUGACAUCUGGAGAACUCAGCUGUGUGUCUAUGAAGUCAAAUAACUCCAUGUGGACCCCUAUAGGGUUUAGUAAUGGAACAAUGAUCUCAGACUCCAGAAAGGAAAUUCCGCCAUCAAAUAUAAAACACAGCCAUGUGUCUCUAAGGUCUAACAACUCCAUGUGGACCCCUCUAGGAUUAUGUGAUGGAACAAUGACCACUGACCCCAGUGUGAAGAGGGAUGACCUGAUCCAGGUUCACUCCAGAUGUGGAGUUUGUAUGCAAGUUCUGAAAGAUCUGGUCUCUGUCAGCUGUGGACACACAGUGUGCAAUAGCUUGUAUUGUCAAUCAGGUCAUUCAGGAGACUUUGAUUGUGCCUAUUUCAAGAAGACAUCUGGACCAAGGUCUGUUCUAAACCUACGUGAAGUUAAAGCAGGGUCCGGUUCUGCCGGUAUUGAUUUGGUCAAAGAGAGAUACAAAGAGGAACACAAAACCAGCAUGAAGAGAAAGUAUGAGAGCAUAUUUGAGGUCAUCAAAUUAAAAGAGAAUCAAAUCCUCCUGAGCCAGGUUUACACACAACUGUACCUUAUAGAGGGGGAGAGCAAAGGUGUGAAUGAAGAACAUGAGGUUUUACAGAUGGAGAAAACUUACAAGACCUUUCAAUAUACUCCAAUCAAUUGCAAUGACAUUUUUUAUCCUUUAAUUGAACCAGGGUAUGAGGGAAAGGCAAAGAAAAAAAAGAAAAUAUUAAAGACUGUUCUUACUAAAGGCAUCGCUGGAAUUGGAAAAACAGUCUCUGUGCAGAAGUUCAUUUUGGAUUGGGCUGAAGGAAAAGCCAAUCAAGAUAUAGAUUUUAUGUUCGUGCUUUCGUUUCGAGAGCUGAACUUGAUUAAAGAUGACCAGUGCAGUCUUCACCAACUUCUACUUGACUUGCAUCCUGAACUUAAAGAUCUGGACUCGCAGAUUUAUGAAGAUUGUAAAGUUGUGUUCAUCUUUGAUGGUCUGGAUGAAAACAGAAUUAAAAUGAUGUUGCCAAGCAGCAAGAAAGUUUCUGAUGUGACCGAGACAUCAUCAGUGGGUUCGUUAUUGUCAAACCUCAUCAAAGGAGAACUGCUUCCCUCUGCUCUCAUCUGGAUAACCUCCAGACCAGCGGCAGCCAGUCAGAUCCCCUCUGAAUACAUCAACCGUGUGACAGAAAUUCAGGGAUUCGGCGACUCUCAGAAGGAGGAAUAUUUCCGGAAGAGAAUCCGUGAUGAGCAUCAGGCGAGCAGAAUCAUAUCACACAUUAUAAAAUCCAGAAGCCUUUACAUCAUGUGCCACAUACCAGUCUUCUGCUGGAUCUCAGCCACUGUUCUUCAAAACAUCCUGAAGCAAGAUCACAGUGCAGAAAUACCUAAAACCCUGACUGAAAUGUACACACACUUUCUGCUGAUUCACAUUAAUAUGAGGAAUCAGAAGUAUGAUGAGGUUGAUCUUGAAAAACCCCAACAGUCUAAUAGAGAAGUGAUUGUGAAACUUGCUAAACUGGCUUUCAAACAGCUGAUGAAAGGCAAUGUGAUCUUCUAUAAAGAGGAUCUGAGAGAGUGUGGCAUAAAUGUAACUGAAGUCUCUGUGUUUUCUGGUGUUUGCACUGAAGUAUUUAAGGAGGAAUCUGUGAAUCAUCAAAGGAAGAUCUAUAGCUUCGUACAUCUGAGCUUUCAGGAGUUUCUGGCAGCUUUCUAUGUGUUUUAUUGUUACUUGAUUCGGACUGAAGAAGCUUUCGAUUCGCUCCAUAAUUUGCAUAAAAGAGUCAUGGACGAAGCUCUUGACAGUGAGAAUGGCCACCUGGAUCUUUUCCUCCGGUUCCUGCUGGGAAUCUCGCUGGAGAGCAAUCAGAGACUCCUACAGGAUCUGCUGACAAACACAGAGAAAAGUGCAGAAGGCAUUAAGAAAACCACCACUUACAUUAAAGACAAGAUUAUAAAUGAAAAAUGUCUUAGAGCUGACAGAUCCAUCAAUCUGUUCCUCUGCCUGCUUGAAUUAAACAAUCAGACCCUCUGUAGAGAGAUUCAAGAGUUCCUGAUGUCAGAGAAACACUCAGAGAAAGAACUCUCUCCAUCUCACUGCUCAGCAAUGGCCUUCAUGCUUCAGAUGUCAGAGGAGGUGCUGGAUGGGCUCGACCUAAAGAAAUUCAACACGUCAUGGGAGGGCAGAAGGAGACUGUUACCGGCUGUGAUAAACUACAGAAGAGCUCUGCUUAACAACUGCAAACUUACUGAUCAGUGUUGUGAAAGUCUAGCCUCAGCUCUACAAUCACCAGUGUCUGCCCUGAUAGAGCUGGAUGUCAGUAACAAUGACCUACAGGAUUCAGGAGUGAAACUGCUCUCGGCUGCACUGAAGAAUCCAAACUGUAAAUUGGAAAUACUGAGGUUAUCUGGCUGUAUGGUGACAAAAGAAGGAUGUUGCUAUUUGGCUUCAGCUUUGAAAUCAAACCCUUCACACCUGACAGUACUGGAUCUGAGCUACAAUCAUCCAGGAGAUUCAGGAGUAAAACUGCUCUCUGAUUUACUGAAGGAUCCUUACUGUAAACUGGAGAAACUCAAUGUGGAUCACGGAGGACCCGCCAGGAUCAGGCAGACACUGCGGAAAUAUGCCUGUGAUCUCACGCUGGAUCUAAACACAACACACAGUCAUCUCAUUCAGUCUGAUGAGAACAAAAAAGUCACACAUGUAUAUGUGACACAGUCGUAUCCUGAUCAUCCAGAUAGAUUUGAGCACUUUGAGCAGGUUUUGUCUAAAGAGAGUCUGACUGGCCGUCAUUACUGGGAGGCUGAAUGGAGUGGGAAGUUGGUUCAUGUAUCAAUGACGUAUAAAGGAAUCAGCAGGAAAGGAGAGAGGCAGUGUAGUUUUGGAAAAAAUGAUAAAUCAUGGAGUCUUUUCUGUACUGGUAAGAUACUAACUGCUUGGCACAAUAACACACCCACGGAAGUACGUGCCCCUGAAGCUCACUCCAACAUAAUAGGAGUGUAUCUGGACUGGCCGGCCGGGACUUUGUCCUUCUACAACGUUUCUGACACACACGCGCUCAGACACUUACACACAUAUUACUCUACCUUCACUGAACCCCUCUAUGCCGGAUUAAGUAUUUUUGAAUCCGAAGCAUCUCUGCGUCAGCUCUGAGACUGCUAAAAACAGCGAAGAAAGCACAUGCACAACUGACUGAAAGAAUAAGCCUGAAUCUAUAUUUCUUCGAAUAGAAUAGAAUAGAAAAAGGAGAAUAUAAUAUAGAAUUAUAAAAAUCUAAGAAAACAAAGAACAUUCCGUCCCAAAGAGCUUUUCUUGAGUCUGAGGUUGAUACAAAUUCCUUUAUGCAAUGAUUCAGCCUCUUAGUCUCAUCUUCCAGAGUUAGGACGAAUGUAAUGUUUUCUUCACAAAGAGAAUGGGACUGAUCAGACCUUAUUUUUUUGUUAAUUUUAAAGGGGUUGAUUUUUGGAUCUCUUUUAAUCAUCAUAGUGACGCAUUUUGAUCGUUGCGUUUCUUUUCAGCAAUGCAGUUACAGUAAUCAUUUUUUAGCCCGGCUUUCACACAGCAAGCAUGUAUACUGCAUUGAGUUACAUACUGAGUCACAAUAAUCAGUGAGUUCACAUGACACAUGAAUUAUGUUAGUAUGAUGAAGAAAAGAACAUAUAAGGAAAAUCAUAACCUAUGGUAUGUGAUAAUCACUGAUGAGUUCAGAUCCAAUAUGCUGGUGAUACUAUGAAUAAUAAAAAAACGAAAUAAUUAAUCUGCAAUUUAAUAAUUUGAUUCAACUGAUUGAGGAAAAUUUAGUUACAUCGAUUUGCUAUUUUUUCUGUCGUUUUUAAAAAGAUAUUGUGAAAUAGUUAACUUGUUCUCAAGUUUCUUGUGUGCUUUGUAUGGGAAUCGAACAGAUCCUAUUCUUGACACCUGCUUAUGAACUGUAUACUGUAUUUUGACGACUGAUGAUGUUCAGUCUUAAGUGAUUGCUGUUGUGUGUAUUGGGAAAUGUGGUGUGUUUGAAGACAUUUAUAUACCCAUCCAAGCUUUAAAUCUAUCAGAAUGUUUACCGAAAUAUUUACGACAGAUUUAACUUAUUUUAUAACAUAUUACAACACAUGACAGUCUGAAUUGUAAGGGAAUUAAUGUUGAUAAUUAAAAAUA